AUGAAGAAUGUGGUUGAAGCUUAUUUCAAGGCCAUCAAAACCAUCAAACCUGCUACUACUGCAAUAGCUAUCUUUUUCUCGUCAGUUACUGGUGGGAUCGCUGCGCCGGCCGAUCUGGGUCCUGCCUACUGGGUGCAGAACCUGACCUCUACCGUCUUAUUCACUAAUGCGCUUGGUAAGAUGUGUGCCGACGGCGAGUCGCGGCCAAACAUGCUCAUUGAGCUGGGGCCGCACUCUGCCCUAAAGGGCCCUAUCCGGGACACUCUGAAGGGUAUUGGCCCUCCCACCGCUAAGAUUGCCUACGCUCGCACGGUCGUUCGCAAUUCAGAGCCUUCGCACUCUCUUCUGAAUGCUGCAGGAGCUGCGUAUGUGCGCGGCGCGCAUGGCACCCGUUAUUGGCAUCAAUCCUGCAUCGCCGAUAAACACUGUCACAGGGACGGCAAACGCGACGAUAUUCUGGGGACCAUGGCUCUGUUCUCGAAUAACUUGGAGCCUACAUGGCGCAACAUAGUCCGCCUUGACGAUGUGCCCUGGCUUCGGGAGCAGAGGAUCCAAGGUAUGAGCGUGUAUCCAAUGGCUGGCUACUUGGCUAUGGCCAUAGAAGCAGCAGAAAGACGCGCGCAGCAGCACGAGGCGAUAUUCUCCCGAUUCGAGUUCCGUGAGUUGAAAGUGGGUGCAGCCCUCGUGUUGACCGACGAUGUCGACACAGAGGCAGUCAUCACCCUCCGGCCAUACACUGAGGGUACCCGUGGCAAUUCUGAUAUCUGGGAUGAGUUUCGUAUUUGCUCAUGGAACACCAAGCGUGCCUGGACCGAGCACUGCACGGGACACGUUCGAGUCCGCAUCAAUGGGAAGCAGCAGACCUUAGUCUCCAACGUCGCCGAGACCGGGCUAAAGCACAUGAGUAUCCAGACGAAGAAGGUGAUGACAGCGGCUACCUAUAGGAUAGACACACAGAACAUGUACCGGGUUCUUUCUGGGGUCGGAGCCGGCUACGGACCAUGCUUUCAGGGCCUAGAGAACUACUUCUCUAACCCGCACCACUCACGUGCAGACCUGUAUCUCCGUGACACGAAAAAGGUCAUGUAUAAGGAGUAUGAAGCUCCCCUUAGUAUCCACCCCGCUCUUUACAUGCCUACCAUGAUCAGGAGCCUGAUUAUCAGCGCCAACCUUUCUACUAUCCCGGGGGACUUUGUUAAAGCGUGGUGUGUUGGUGGCCCCAGUCUGUCUACUCCCCAGCCCACCAAGUUUGACUUAUGGGCGACGUCCCAAGACUCGACUGAGGUCCUGAUUAACAUGGAGGGUCUAAUUUUGACUCCCAUGAAGGAUCCCAAUGCAGACAGUGGUGGAGACGUCGCCGAACUGUGCUACAAAAUCGAAUGGCAACCUCUGCACGACGAUAAGGCUAUUGCUGAGGAAGAACGCCAAGAGCCUAUCGAUUAUAUAAACGUCACGCUAUGGAGCCCAAUGUCCUUACCAAUGGCCAUACUACCAAUGGAAAAUGGAAAGCUCCCCGAUGGAUGCUAUGGCACGCCCGACGGCAGUGCUAAAUGGCUGAGCGAGGCCAUCUCCACCGAGACUACCAAUUGGAAACCAUCAAUUUACCCUUUGGGGGAAAUCUACUCCUGUAGCAAGCAUGUUGUCGUCCUCCAGACGGGCAUCACGUCUCUGCGAGACCUUACAGUCGACGUCUUCGAUAAGGCCAAGAGGACCCUACUCAAUGCUUCCCACCUGCUCUGGGUUUACCAUCUGGACAGCCCUGAUGCCCAGAUGAUCGUUGGUCUUACCCGCAGUCUGCGUUCUGAGGGCUUUGGCAGGAUCGCCACAUUAGGACUCGAAGCCAAGGAUAUUGAGAAGCCAACCCCUGCUAUCUUAGCUGCUAUGGACGCACUGUGGCCGGUAGAUGGCGAGAGGUCCUGUAAAGAACUUGAUUUCCGCGCUUGCGGCUCCGACCUUGUCGUUCCUCGUGUCACGAACGAUACCGUUGCCAAUGCAUUUGUUCAUAAAGAGACCCAUGAGAAGACCAUCUCAGUUCAGCCAUUUUACCAGUCAGGCCGCCGUUUCAAGCUUGAGAUUGCCAGCCCGGGUUCGCUCGAUACGCUGUACUUUGCAGAUGAUAAUGUUGGUAUGCUGGGCGACGACGAGAUCGAGAUUGAAGUCAAGGCGACUGGUCUCAAUUUCAAAGAUAUCGUUGUCGCAAUGUGCCAGCUCGCUCAGCCAUGGCUAGGUAUUGAGUGCAGUGGUGUAAUCUCCUCUGUCGGCAAGAACGUCUCUAGUUUCACGGUCGGCCAACGAGUUGUGGCCUUGCCCGAAGGUGCAUUUUCUACCUACGCACUAUCCCGGGCUGCAAGUGCGGCCCCUAUACCCGAGAACAUUUGA